AGGAGUAUGCAACCGGGAUUACGAAGACGCUCACACGGUUGCCUGCGCUCCACCAGUCAAUAGGCCUUGCCACACCCACAUUACAUAACAACACAGCUGACACACUCCAGGCUUCAAGCAGCAAGUUUAAUGGCCAAAAUUUUGUCUCAUGCUAGACCAAUUUUAAACGCAGGCUACAGAGCGGUUAGAAUGGCUGCAACUCCGAGUGCUCCUUUGUCAGUAGACAUAAGUGGAAUGAGGAUUAAAUAUCUCGACAAGAAGGAACUUUUCUUGGAGAGUGACUUGGCUUGCAGGGAACCGAUCGGGCAAUUCAAAGUCUGGUUCGAUGAAGCCUGUAAAACGCCGGGGAUAUUGGAGGCCAACGCCAUGUGCCUUGCUACUGCCUCAAAAGAUGGGACACCUUCCUGCAGAUAUGUGCUGCUCAAGAACUUUGGCAAGGAAGGUUUCCGGUUCUUCACUAAUUAUUCAAGUAGGAAAGGGAAAGAUCUGGCUGAAAAUCCGAAGGCAGCGCUAACUUUCUACUGGGAAGCCCUGAAGCGAUCAGUCCGCAUUGAAGGCUUAGCUGAGAAAAUAAGUGCUUCAGAGUCUGACAAAUAUUUCCAUGAGAGACCUCGCGACAGUCAAAUUGGCGCCGUCGUAAGUCAUCAGAGUACAAUUAUCCACGGACGAGAAGAGCUGGCUGCUCGCGAGAGAGAAAUCACUGCCCAGUAUGAAAACAAGGAAAUUGACCGCCCAGAUGAAUGGGGUGGCUACUUGGUCGUUGCAAACAAAGUUGAAUUCUGGCAAGGUCAAAGCAACCGCGUGCACGAUCGGAUUGUUUUCCGUAAAGCAGAUGCUUCUGAAGCAAAUGGGGAAACAACACACCUUGGAGAAGAUGGAUGGGUGUUUGAGCGACUAGCUCCAUAAAAAUUUAUUGUGUGAUACAUAUUCAUUUUAUUUUUUGUGCAUAAUCGCAAGUCUUCCAUUAAAGAUAAUGCACACUAUGUAA